GCCUGAUGUUGACAUGCAGAAGAUGUUGCAGUCUCGAAAACCACGCCUGACUACAGUGGUCAAUGAAAUGCACCCACCUCGAUUCCUGGAACUACUUGACCCGAGCACGACGGCCCAUCAAAAUAUGCCCCUGGUGGAUGUGGAUCAGUCACUUUUUCAGCCCCACCCUCCUGAGUUAGUUUUCCAGAACUUCACUCCUGCACAGUCUUACAAGCUACCUCUGCAGCUGUUCAACAAUGAUAAGAUAUCACGGCAUGUCAAGCUGGAGCAUCAGGAGUCCGCUUAUUUCCACGUUGAAGGUCCAAAGGAGGCAAAAACUAAAGUCGCGGCAGGACUGUCGGUGGGCUUCACAGUCUGCUUCACUCCACAGGAGAACAAGGACUACCACCAUACUCUGUUUUUUGUGACAGAGCGGGAGCACUUUGAGGUGCCGAUCCGCGCCAUUGGCCCAAGAGCCAGUUUGAACUUCCGCGAUGAGUUACAUUUGCCCGUCUGCCUUGUGAAAGCCUCCACACAGAGGACUCAGCUUGUACGCAACCUUGGAGACCGCAUAGCCAUCUUCAAAUUACAGACACAGAGUCCCUUUUCGGUAACUCCCUUCUCUGGAACUCUUGAUAUUGGCGAGAGCAUGCAAAUCACCAUGGCUUUCAAUCCGAUGACUGCAGGAGACCACCGUCAGGAUCUGUUGCUACACUAUGAUACUGGUGAAGAUGUGCAUAUCAGCCUCCAUGGUUCAUGUGUGGAGCUGAAGCUAAAUCUUAUCCCUGAACACCUUACUUUGGAAAAGACCUACAUAUCUUUGUCCAACACACAUACGGUGUCACUCAGCAAUAGUAGUGAUACCACUCUUAAAUACUGCUGGACAACAUGGUCAAGCCAAUCAGAAGAGAUGCAGGAUUGCGCAGUGCUCGAGUUGCAGCAGAAUGUGGCUUCACAUUUGCUUGUUCCUUGCCAGUCUGACCCCACAGCCGAUCAUCGACCGGGCCUCCUCGCUCUCUCAAGAGGAUGCAUAACAGUAGAACCAGCGUUGGGAGAAAUAUGGCCGAAUACCACGGCGCGUUUCACUGUUGUCUUCAAACCCGAUGAAGCCAAACUAUACCAAGAAACCAUAUAUUGUGAUGUCACAGGCAAAAAAUCUCGCAUCCCUCUGAUUGUCAAGGGUGAGGGUUUGGGACCUGCAAUGCAGAUCAACUGUGACCUAAUGGAAAUGAAAAACAUAUUCAUAGGCCACACUGUCUCUUAUGAGGUGCAGCUGUCCAACAAUGGGCUGAUUGAUGCCCCUUUUGAGUUCUCAAGCCCUAGAACCACUUUUGGUCAAUUUUUCUCCUUCACUCCCAAAAAAGGCGUUGUUUGCUCCGGGGCUGGUCAUGUGGUUAAAAUUACCUUCCGCAGUAACAUUUUGGGAACUUUCUCUGAGGGCUUACUGCUAACUGUCAUCGGGCAGCCUCAACCACUUACUCUUACCUUCAGGGGCUGUGUUAUUGGGCCCACUUUUCACUUCAGUGUUUCAGAACUCAAUUUUGGAGAUGUUGCCUACGGUUUCCCUCAAACAGAAAUGUGUUCCCUCGUUAACACUUCCUUUGUUCCAAUGAGCUUUUCCCUGCGCGUUGUGGGAGACGGAAUGGGCUCUCCCAGUGUGACCAGUGAUCAGCAAGUGUGUGAGUUGUGUAGGAACAACUGGCAAGGCAGUACUGCUCAUGACGGCAGUACUAUGCCUGUUGAGUUCACCGUCAGUCCUGCUGUGGGUUCUGUGCGGGCCAUGGCAGAUGUCAGCAUCAAGGUGUCAUUGUGCUCCAACACAGUCAAACAUUACAGGAUGGCUCUGGUAAUAGAUGUUGAGGGUGUUGGAAAAGAGAUCAUGGCUCUGCCCAUUAUUGCAAGGUGUAUUGUUCCAGAGAUCAUGGUGGAGACCCCAGUGGUGGACUUUCAGAAGUGCUUCCUCAAUCAUCAGUAUGAAAAGAAAGUACGCCUAACGAACCAAAGUGCUCUGCCUGUCUGCUAUGGCAUGCUAGAACAGGAAUAUGAGGAGAGCCCUUCAGUAAUAUUUGGGAGUACUUCAUCCAGGGGAGUGAUUCCUCCUCACAGCUCAGCAGAUCUUCCUGUUUUCCUCCUGGUGAAGAAUGUUGGAAAGCAGCAUCACACUCUUUACAUUGCUCUGUUUGGUGGCAUUCACCCACCACUGGAGGUUGUCUUGUCAUGCACUGGGCGUGGUCCAAUAGUUCACCUUCAGUGUCAGAAUCAGCAUCUAGAGUUUGGCAAAAUACCUGUUCUGACAGACGUUACUAAAACUAUUCCCCUGUCCAACCAGUCACCUAUUCCAGCAUGCAUCACAGCACGCAUGAGCCAAGGAAAGUCCCCGUGGCAUGUUGAACCCAGCGAAGGAGAAGUGCCACCACAAGGCCAACUGGAGCUCAAAGUUGUGGCGAAUCUAAAAGAUACACUUUUGUUUCAAGACAAACUUGAGAUUUCCAUUCAAGGUAGUCAAACCCUCACCGUUGCCGUGUCUGCAACGGGCACAGGCACCACAAUUGUCAGUGACAAACCCUUAUUUCCAAAUCUCGACCUUGGCACACACUUCAGGUAG